CCAACAGUCCUCUCUACGUCAGCAGGGAUCAGAGUCUGUCACCGAGCCGGAGCCGCACUAUCACGAGUCAUGGCAGAGCUGCAGGAGCGUACCUUCAUUGCCAUCAAGCCCGACGGCGUCCAGAGGGGCAUCAUCGGCGAGAUCAUCAAGAGAUUCGAGAUGAAGGGCUUCAAACUCGUCGGCAUGAAGAUGCUCCAGGCCUCUGAGGAUCUGCUCAUGGCUCACUACAUCGACCUGAAGGACAGGCCCUUCUUUCCCUCCCUCGUCAACUACAUGGGCUCUGGUCCAGUUGUUGCCAUGGUGUGGGAAGGCAAAGGCGUGGUGAAGACGGGCCGCGUGAUGCUGGGCGAGACCAACCCCGCCGAUUCCAAACCAGGAACCAUCAGAGGAGACUUCUGCAUCGACGUCAGCAAGAACAUCAUCCACGGCAGCGACGCGGUGGAAAGCGCCAACAAGGAGAUCGCCCUGUGGUUCAAGCCCGAGGAGCUGGCCAGCUACACGAGCUGCGCCUUCAGCUGGCUCUACUGAGCUGCUGCAGGGACCCUCGACUCAGACUCCCGUCUGUCUGCAGCGUGGACGGAGCCCCGACUUCACCCCCAUUCCAUCCACAUUCCAUGCUGUACUCAGACUCGUCUGUGUGUAGUUGCCGAUCUCAUUCCUGUAGAGACGUUCCAUCAAACGGUUGAUGACUUGAAACUUGUCUUUGACUGUAAUUUUUUUUGUUAAGCAGCUUUCCAAUAAAUGCACACAAACGA